GAGUUGUGGCGGUAUUGGGGGGUUGGCUCAUUGAGCUCCGUAGGAACCUGAAGGGGGGUGAUUGCUGCGCUUUAUUUUUUUUAACCUCCCCUUUAUUUAAUAUUUUAUUUAUUAUUAUUUUUAAUUCUGAUUAUCGCCUUUAGGAGUUAAGAUUUGACAGCCACCCCUCCCUCCCUUUUUUUUUUUUUUUUUUAGCUUUUCUCCCCCCUCCUCGUUUUCAGAUCAUGAACAAACUAUAUGUUGGGAAUUUAAGUCCUUCGGUCACCGUCGAGGACUUGACGCAGCUCUUCGGGGAGACGGAGCUGCCAGCGCCCGAGCAGGUCCUGCUCAAAUCCGGCUAUGCUUUUGUGGACUUCCCCGACCCGAACUCGGCCAUAAAGGCUAUAGAGAGCCUCUCGGGUAAAGCGGAAAUACACGGGAAGGUGAUAGAAGUAGACUACUCUGUCCCAAAAAAACUAAGGAGUCGGAAGAUCCAGAUCCGGAACAUUCCCCCUCAUCUGCAGUGGGAGGUUUUGGACGGCCUUCUAGCUGAGUAUGGUACUGUAGAGAAUGUGGAACAAGUGAACACUGACACAGAAACAGCAGUGGUGAAUGUUACAUACGCAACCAAGGAGGAAGCUAAAGUAGCCAUUGAGAAGCUCACAGGACAACAGUUCGACGACUACUCCUUCAAGGUGUCAUAUAUUAUGGACAUGGACGCUGCUCCACCCAACCAGGCUCCCCGAACACGGCGCGGGGUUCGGUCUUCAAGGGACCAAGGCGCCCCUGAACCCGGACCCUCUGGAGGUUUUGGUUCUCCCCGCCUCAGACAGCCCGACUUCCCCCUACGAAUGCUCGUGCCUACUCAGUUUGUGGGAGCCAUCAUCGGAAAGGAAGGGCUCACCAUCAAGAAUGUCACCAAACAGACUCAGUCCAAGGUGGACAUCCACCGGAAGGAAAAUGCAGGCGCAGCAGAAAAACCCAUCACCAUCCACUCAACCCCCGAGGGCUGCUCCUCUGCCUGUCGCAUGAUCCUGGACAUCAUGAGGAAGGAGGCCAACGAGACCAAGAUGACGGAGGACAUCCCUCUGAAAAUCCUCGCCCACAACAGCCUGGUGGGACGCCUGAUUGGGAAGGAGGGCCGCAACCUGAAGAAGAUCGAGGAGGAUACAGGGACCAAGAUAACCAUCUCCUCGUUGCAAGAUUUAACCAUUUACAACCCUGAGAGGACCAUCACGGUGAAGGGAAGCCUGGAGACUUGCUGUAAAGCUGAGGAGGAGAUCAUGAAGAAGCUGAGGGAAGCGUAUGAGAACGACAUCGCUGCUGUCAAUCAACAGGCCAACUUGAUCCCAGGUUUGGGCAUCUUCUCCUCUGGUCUGCAGGUGCUGCCCCCAGCUGCUGGACCACGUGGUACAGUGCCCCCAGUGGUACCAGCAGGAUACAACCCAUUCUUAGGUCACUCUUCACACCUCGGCAGCCUGUACGGGGUUCCUUCAGCAAGUGCCAUGUCCCACCAGCACUCACAACAGGCUCCAGAACAGGAGGUUGUCUACCUCUUUAUUCCAACUCAGGCAGUCGGGGCCCUGAUAGGCAAGAAGGGUCAGCACAUCAAACAACUCGCCCACUUCGCCGGAGCUUCCAUCAAGAUUGCCCCAGCUGAGAGCCCAGAUGUUACUGAGAGGAUGGUUAUCAUUACUGGAACUCCAGAGGCACAGUUUAAGGCACAAGGCCGGAUAUUUGGGAAGCUGAAAGAGGAGAACUUCUUCUCAGGAAAGGAGGAGGUCAAACUGGAGACGCACAUCAAGGUUCCCUCCACUGCAGCCGGCAGAGUCAUCGGCAAAGGUGGCAAAACGGUAAAUGAACUGCAGAACCUCACGAGCGCAGAGGUCAUUGUACCGCGGGACCAAAUCCCCGAUGAGAACGACGAGGUCUUUGUUAAAAUCAGCGGGCAUUUCUUUGCCAGUCAGACUGCACAGAGGAAGAUCCGGGAGAUCAUUCAGCAGGUCAAGCAGCAGGAACAGAAGCACCAGCAGGGCGCCGCCGUGUCACCGCAUCACUCCAAGUGACCAGCGAGGUGGCUCCAGUGGGCACCAGCCAAUGAAUGUAGCCCUCCCAAAUGGACAGAGACCUACCCAGACUAAGGCCAAGGCCACGGAGGACACACAGGGCUGACCAGCAGCACCGGGAUCAAAACCAAAGAACUUCGCUGAAGGGGGGAAAACAAGUGAGAGCCAAAGGCUGAGGGCGUCGUGUGCACUGCCAGCCCUGCAAGAGCAGACUAAGCAGGAGAAACCGUUCAGAAAGAAUAAAAUUUAAAAAGACCAAAAAAAUAAACAUAAAACAAAACAAAAAGGAAGGUGGAAAUGAUUUAAAAUUAGGAAAUUCAACUUAUCAGUUAAAAAACAGGUACACAUACGUCGCCUUGCGUAAUGUUAUCUCUUUAGUUGGACUAACGUAGGCCUAACAGACAGAUCGAACAAAAAAACAGAAGUCAAUUAACACGAGUGUACACGAGGCGUUUUGACUGAUGUAGCGAGUGACAAAGGGCACUUCCUCCUUUGAGAUCAUUUAGAUUGUGAGAUAAGAUUUCCUUAGCAGUAUUAAUGCAGAGAAAGACACUGAUACACACUGAGAGUUUGCACUGUUGUUUUUAAUUUGAUCGAAAUGACAGUACAGCUGAGCUUGUUCAGGCGACGGGGCUUUGAAAGCCUCAUGAAGCAGUUCCCCUGGUUUCUUUGCUGUUAAGGGCACUGAAUUAAUAACAACACCCCCCCCCCCCCCCCCGAAAAUAUAUUGAUGGAUGAGUUUUUGUAACAAGCUGUGUGUGUGUGUGCCAACGCAAAAGAAAACGCCCCUUUUCUAUGGCUCUCUUAAUCAUUUUACCUUUUCUGCUUCACCUUCUCAUCACUCUUUCAUCUGGCUUUGCAUGUUUUUCUUUUUUGUAGCUUUAUUGAUGACAUUGAACAGACUGCCACAGAAAGGUUAAAAAAAAAAAAUCAGCGGAGGUGUUUUAAUAUUGACAACUGGUUUCACACUCCGAUGCUGCGCUUGUUCUGAUAUUCCCAAAACGGCAUUAUUCUCGAUAAUCAGAGCAAAAAUCGACGACCAAAAAAAAACAAAACAAAGGUGCACUUUUUGGCAAACGAUUGUUUUCAAUUUGCACCGUCACACGCCUGGCCUUAUGAGGACAUCGCGAGGGCCGACACACGGUGUGAGCUGAGGGCCCAGAAGAGGGUUGGAGGUAAAGAGGAAUGUCAUGGCGGUGGGAAGUGGGGCACUGUAUGACCUGUGAUGUACACGACAACUGCAAACGUCAGCACGUUUGGCUUUAACCUUCUCUUGUCAGGGAGUUUUCUAAAAAAAAAUAAAAAAAAAAACAAUCAGCAUGACGCUGUGAAUGUACGAUAUGCAGCCUUUUUUUUUUUUUUUAGAAAGCAUCACCCCUGCCGUGUCCAGCUGCCCACGACGCAGACUGUCAUCCUCACGCUUGCGCUUCUCUCUUAUCGUGGCUUCAUUCGUUUCCCCGGUGAGUCUAGCUGGACACGCAGGCCACGGCGUCCCUCACCGUGGACACCGUGGAAGCUCGUUGCCUUAUUUUCGUCUCCUCUCACAUCAACACCCAUCAGCUCCAUCUUCCAGACGAACGGUUCUCGCCAAUUUCGCACAGCUUCCUUUGCGUGCGUGUCUGUGCGUGUGUUUGCAUAUGUGUGUGUAAAUAUAUUAAAAAAAAGAGAGAGUAAAGUAAUAUUUAUGAAUCUAUUUUUUUUCCUAUUUUGUGAUGAGAUCUAUUGAAAAGAUACUUAAAAAUUUUUAAACCCUUUCCUUUUUUUCCCCCCUCAGUGGGACACUGCCAUAUUAUUUUGAAGGGAAGUGUUUAUUUUCUUGAAAACUAGACUAUGAAUAAUAUAAAAAAACCUGAAAAGGUAGGAGAAAAGUAAAGUGAACCACCACGUUAACAAUGGACAGGAAGUGAACAGUGCGCAUGUCAGUAUUGUGAUCUACCUCAGGCUUCAGGGUACCUCAGUCCAAUCUUUCAUUUCCCCUUUUUGUAUGCCUUGUUAACUGAUCAUUUUGAGCGUUUUGAAUUUUCUUUUUUUUAAUGAAAAAGAAGAGAAGAUCUGCAGUAAUCUACACUCUUUCAGGUCCAGCCGACAAGUGAAACUUUAUAAACCACACUCUGUUGGACUGUUUGCCUGGACACCUCUAAAUGAUAACACGUCAAAGGAUUUUCAAGUCCGUUUCCCUAAAAAAGGAAUGAAAAAGCAGGAUCUUGGGGGUACAUACCCGCCCGAUGUGGUUCUGAAUGUGGAUGUUGUGUACUGAUUUCACCAUCAAGAGAAAGAAAACAAAAAAACGAUACAGAAGCUAACCAACUAUACCUCCUGUUGUUUUUAUCUCUCUCUCAAUUUCAGGUUUUUUUAAAACUGUACAUGAAAAAACACAUUUCUUCACUUGUGAGAGAUGAAAUAGAACUUUAUAUCAACCUAAUCUUACCAGCAGAACAGCAAAACCGAGGGGGGGUGAUGAAGAAUACACAAAGCUGCAAAAACACAGCAGCCCCACCGAGCGUGGUGUGAAAACCCUAGUCUUCUGUGCAGAAUGUAAAACAACCGUAGUUGAAAUGUCACUGUGUGCAACAAGAAAACUGUAUAUCUGUAAACAUGUACAAUAGACUCACACAUAACUGCAUCGUUUUCUGUCUCCAGUCUGCCGCUGCGCUGGCAGAGACGGUUUAGAGCGCCACAGCUUCGCCUCAAACCGACCUCGAAACUCGGGUUUCCCAUCCGUCUGCAGAUGUUCUUUUUUGAUGUGCUGUACAUUUCAGAAUCACCUCUCUGAAUCCACGGCUGACUUUUUACUUACUAGAAUACAAAGGGGUUAAUCGAAACAACAAAAUAGUAGAAGUUGUCUUUCUUUGUUGUUGCUUGUUGGGGGUGUAUUAUUAUCCGUUGAGUUGGUUUUUGUACUUUAUGGAGACUUUUGUCAUCAGAUGAGGCGGAUCAUUUUUGUCCCAGUGAACACAAACUUGCAGUUCUUUAAAAGAAAACAAACAUAGAAAGGUCUAUCAAAGUCACACAAUGCCUGAGGCUGUUAGCAGCCUCCCCACAGCCGGUACAGUACCUCAUACGCUGAUGAUGAAAGCUCGCCAGACUUGAUUCAAGUACACUGACCUUACCUGAAUGCAGUACAGUGCUUCGCUUUGGUCGCACGACACCCGCGGUGGUCGGGCACACGUCGCGGAAAAGCGGCGUCUCGUUGUAGCACUGAAAGUUGUAGUUUUAGUGUCUUGCUCGUUUUGUCUGGAGAAGUCGUUCCUGCGCUGCAAGGGCACCUCAGGCCUCUGCUCAUCUUGUGUUUUUGGCUCUUAUUAGGCACAGGUUUCCCUCUAAGCUGGUUCAGUUUCACUGCAGUGUCGCUAGAAUAACACCUCGAGGUGAAGCCUUCUUUUAUUCAUAAGGAUUGGUAUUUAAUUUUUUGGGGUUUUGUGGGGUGUUAGACAUUAAUUUUCAAUACCAGAAAAUCACAACGGCACACAUCACUGAGCGUGUACACUGUUAGUCUUAUCAUACAGUGUUUGAAUAGCUAUGGCUUUCUUUUGUCUGGUUUUCUCACCAUUUACUUGGAUUAAGCAACAUAGUCUGGAGCUGUAGAUUGGAUUUCAUUAUAUUCACUAGAUCACUACCAGUAAUACUAGUUAUUCAACUGUGGUGGAAAAAUAUCCUAGCUAGGACUUCGAAUAGGUAUUGGAACUGAAAUGGGAGGGAAAUGCAAAGCAUAAAAAUGGCUUUUAGAGGAGUUGACAGAUUAAACCAGGCCUGGAAAUAAAAAUUUGACAUAAACCUGCUCUGCCUUUGGGAGAAAACAGAGGUGAUUCUAAUCCAUCCAAAGCAUCACAAAACAGGAUUUAAUCUGGUCAAAUAUAUGCAGAACCACUGCAGUUUUUUUUCCUUGUCUGAUCUUGUUAAAUGCAAAGCAUUGCAUGAGAUUUAUGCAGGUGGUCCAGGUUUGUGCUACUCUUCAACUAGCACUAAUCUCUGAAUUGUGGUCUUACCUGGAUCCUGUUAUAGUAAACUGCAUUUCACCAUUUGGAAGAUUCCUUUUGUUUCCUCAGUAAGUUAAAACCCUAAAGUCCUGCCCACAGGCCAAAAGGCUCCAAACACCUGAAGGUAAUCAGUGACUGUGAGCUGGACGGACACAAUCCGCAGAACGUGGAUCAGGGUCCGCCUGGCAGCAGCCAGACUGUUUUGAUGAGUGAACUGUAUUGCUGAGCAACAUGGAUCUGAGCAAUAAAGAUUAUAUGAGAAGAAAUAUAUA